UUGCCCAGCCAGGCGGCGGCGCUGUCGGCUCCCUGAGCUCUGCUUUUACGUGGCGCUGGCGCAGCACUACUCCCUGCUGGCCACCUUCAGCUGGAUGGCGCUGGAGAGCUUCCACCUCUACCUGCUCGUCGUGCGCGUCUUCAACAUCUACAUUCGCAGAUACAUGCUCAAGCUCGGCUUGGUGGGAUGGAGUAUUCCCGCCGCCAUCGUGAUCCUGGUGGUCUUCAUAGAACCAGGCGGUUACGGGCGCGUGGCCCUGGACGUGACCGACCCCAACAGCACUCAAAUAUGCUACAUGGUGGGCAGCACGGUGAAGAUGGUGAGCACACUGGGGGUCUUCACCGUAGUGUUUGCCUUCAACAUCGUUAUGUUCGCGGUGACCAUCCACCGUUUGAUCGGCCACCGCUACAGGAAACGGUUUGGUCAGGACGAGCGAGGGCGAGCCAAGCAGAACAUCAUCACGGUGCUGGGACUCAGCGCCCUGCUGGGCAUCACCUGGGGCCUCAUCUUCUUCUCCUUCGGCCACCUGACCACAGUGGGCCUCUACCUCUUCUGCAUCCUCAACUCACUGCAAGGUUUCUUCAUCUUUUUGUGGUUCGUCAUGUCUUUGAGAAAGUCGAGAUCCUCGACGGCGAGCAGUAAAACGCCGAGCGCGAGCAGCUGAGCCGCGGAGACCUUCACCGUGAACUUACUAACGAUGACAAAUAAAUCCUAUUCUAGCUA